AUGUCGAACCCGAGUAAGUCAAAGUCUUUGUGUAUUAAACUUCGAGAUCCGGUCGAGGGGGGCGAGAAAACCUUUGGUACGGUGGGUAUUGAACGCGAGAAAUUAGUGCUUUCAGAUGUGGAGGGUUGUACACAUGUCGGAUCUAGCAAGGGAGAUGGUGGUUUUCGGAGUGGCUCGGCUUCGGGUGUCGGCUUGAAUAAAGCCGGCCGAUAUAAAGGUGGGAGUGGGCGCGCGCGCCCCGAGGUGUUUGCUGAGCCGAGCUUUGGAGUGGAGCUGGCGGCUGGCACGAAUGACGAGGGGAAUGGAGAGAGAAGAUGGCGCGUGCGCGCGUCUGGCCCAGUAUCCGAUGGACUCGCGCGCGCGUCGCAUGCGGGGGAGCCGGCUGACUGGGCUGCUGACGUGGGCCGUGGAAGCGCACGUCCGGAGAGACGCGCGCGCGUGCUUAGUGAGGGGGAGCUUUGUGACGCGCACGCGCCAUUGGCUGGAGGCCUUUGCGCGCGUGCGCGCGCGUCAAUGGGGAGGGGUGGCAUAGCGCGUGAACGCGCGUCAAUGGAAGGAGAGCGCGCGCGUGGCCGCGCGUCGUCCGAGGUGCCGGGCGCGCGUGGGAGCGCGUUCGGGCCUAUUUUUCGACACGAAUCACAUGAUAGGGUCGGGCGAAGUAAGGAGCGCAUCGAUGUCGAAGAUGGAGUGAGUAGGGGGAGUUUUGGGCGACGAGAAAUCAUUGAAUCGUGGAGUGACGAUGUACAAGUGCGCAACAAUAUUAAUAUUUGCCGUACUGUUGAUGAAGCAGAUUCUAGUAGACGUCGCUAUGGGCGUCGAGUCGUGGAUUUUUGGAGCGAUAGUGAUGAUUCGAAUCAAGCUCCUUUGGCGAGUGAUCAUGCGGUACCAAGUAGUGAAGUUGAGCUGACGGAUGAAGAGGAGGAGGAAGAUGAUAUUCCGCCAGGUGAAGUUGAGUCUAUUCGUCGUCUAGUUGGAGCACCUAGAAAUAUCGAAUUGUUGUUGCCUCAGCAGGGAGACCGGUUGUAUUCGCCACCCGAUGGAUUUCAUACGGUUUUCUUGGCGUAUGUGACGUGUACCUCUCAGAUUACUCCGCAUCCGACCUUGUUGAAGGUCUGCGAGGAAUUCAAUAUAGGGUACAGUCAGCUAACUCCGACUGCAAUUCUUAUGUUUGAGGCGUUUUACCAUAGAGUGUCUUUAGUGGGUUUGCCUGUGACUAGGAUUAAGGAGUUUAGGUUGUGUGAUGUGGAAUUUGACCCAAGGGUUUUGAUACCAAAGGCGAAGAAGGGUCAGCACCACGGGGGUAUCACAUUUGCGGCACUCCGAGCUAAGGCAAAUGGGACGUCGAAGAAGGUUCCCUCUACAUUGGGAGGUUCUUCAAGUGGUUUGCCUCGUGAGGAGGUCCAUGUGGAAGCUCCUCGAGUAGUCGCAGAUGACCGUAGCAGUGCUGGUGAAAUGGAGAGGCGUCCCUCGACGAGGGAUCGUGGUAAGGGAAAGAGGGUGGAUACCGAGUACGUGGCUGUGCCUAAGCGAGUCUUAUUGGGAUGUGUCGGACAUGAUCUGCCUAUGUUGAGUACCGAGGGAUUCGUUCGGGAGUAUGACCGUGCUCGGAUGUCUGGUAAGGGCCCUUCUCACAUGUUGGAGUUAGCUGGUGGUGACAUAUGUCGGUUGGUAGCGACUUGGAGAUAUCUCGUGGAGCAUGGUAGGAAUGUGGAAGCUAGGAAGGAAGAGGAGCGAGUUCGAAGUCAGACGCGUGAGGAUGAACUUCUAAGCCAGUUGGAGAUAGCGCGGUCCGAUCUUGCUCAACGGACGGAAGAGCUUGCUCAGAGGACAGAGGAGCUUGCUCAAAGGAGAGAAGAGCUCGAGGUUAUCCGAGGUGACGCGAAGGCGUAUAAGGAUGAUGUUCAUAAGUUGAACGAGUGCUAUGAUCAGCUGAAGGAGAAAUACGAAGUCGAGAAGGCGACGGGGAAGAGGUUUCUCGCAACAUCAGGUGGUGCGGCUUAUAGGGAGUCCAUCGUGGAGGAAACCAAGCUUAGCUUCCGAGGUAGUGAUGAGUGUGCUGCUAUGAUUGAGGAGCAUGCGUUGGCUGUGGUCUAUAAGCCAUUAGUCCGUGCUUGUCGCAAAUAUCUUCGCGAUGCGGGUGGUAUCAGUGAGAAAGUAAUUCGAGGGAUGGAGGCUGGUAUCUCGGAUGGAGAGGAUGAUGAGGUAGAUGUUGAUGGGACAGGCACAGAGCUUGUGGCUGAUAUUGUUGCUGAUGAUCCCACUGUGGGGACGUCUUCCACCCGCAGUAGGGGAGUUUAG